AAUUCAAACAACUCACCAAGUAUUAAAGAAAACACCCAAAAAAAGAAAAAAAAAAACAGAACAAAGAAAGAAAAAACACAGAAGACGUGAGUAUAAAAAUGAAAGCGAGAUCAAGAAAUGGAGUUUUGAUUGCGAUAUUGGUUCUAGUCGUUUAUUGCUUCUUGGACAAUAUGGCCGGGAUCUGGAUCGAGGUUUCGCCUAAUGAACCUGUUGAAAGUUCUUUUCAUGGAAGAUUCUUCGCUCUCUGCAACAAAGAUCAUAAGAUGCUAAAAUCCUUCCCAUCUUAUAACGAGUAUCACAAAAGACUCAAUCUACCGACAGUGCAAUUUUGGCAAACUAUAAGAAGCAGAUGUAGAGAUGGAUUCAUCACUUUGAGCAUAAAAUCAAUGCAUUUUUUCGUCUCAAAGCUUAUGCAAUUCAGAUAUUCAAUGUCACUCCCAACUCCAAUUAAUCGUUCGUGGCCUUCUCGAAUUAUUUUCUGGGUAACAUUAACUCGAUUAGUCUCUUCCAUGGCUAACGAUACAGCUCUAUGAUUUUUUCCUCUUCAUAGAUAAGGUGUGUUUUUCUAAUAUGUAUGUACUGUAAGGUGAAAUUGCUUUAGGUCCCCAAAUGUCACAAUGUAUUUUAUUAAAAGGUUUCAAAUCCGAUGAGAAAAAUUGAUUAAAC